UCUCCGUUGAGUUGAGCCAGUUCAGUUGAGCGAAUGGAAUUUGAAUUCGAAUUGUUUGUUUUGUUAUGGUUUUAGUUUGUUUAUGAGACAUUUGUGUAAAAUUAUUAAAAAGCUAAAACCUGGUCUAAUAAAAUGGAAGUAAAACCAGAAUGUAGUGAAGAUACAUGUAAAAUAGAAAUAGAGUAUAAUGAAGUGGCUGAUGCUCUGUUAGAUAGCUUUAAAAGUGAAGAGAAGCUCAAUAAAGAAAGUACACAUGAUACAUUUGAUUAUUUAGAAUUCCCAUUAAAGACUGAAAUCAAAAAUGAAAGUGAACUUAAGCCAUUUGAAGAAAGACAAAAUAAUAAAACGGGAGUUCCCCAAGAGAAGGACCCUUUUGAAAGUCGGAAAACAAUAGACAUACAUCCAUGUAAUGAAGAACAACCUGGAAAUCUACUCACUAAAGAAAAAACGUUAAAAUGUGAAAUUUGCUUAAAAGAGUUUUCUCUGAAGAAUUCCUUGAAAAAACAUUUGAUGAGACAUACUGGAGAAAAAUUUCAUAAGUGUGAAAUUUGUUUUAAGCAGUUUAGUCAAGCGAGUUGUUUGAAAACACAUUUAAGAGUGCACACUGGGGAAAAACCUCACAAGUGUGAGAUUUGUUUUAAGCAGUUUAGUACUUUAGGCAAUUUGAAAGUACAUUUGAGAGUGCACCCUGGGGAAAAACCUUAUUAUAAGUGUGAAAUUUGUUUGAAGUCAUUUAUUGAAGCAGAUAAGCUGAAAAGACAUUUUAGCGUGCACACCGGGGAAGAUCCUUACAAGUGUGAGAUAUGUUGUAAGGAAUUUACCAUAUCAAGUAGUUUGACAAAACAUUUGAGAGUGCACACUGAGAAAACACCUUAUAAGUGUGAAAUUUGUUUAAGGCAAUUUGCUGUUAAAAGUGCUUUGCACACACAUACGAGAGUUCACACUAAAGAAAAACCAUACCAGUGUGAAAUUUGUUUAAAACGGUUUUCUCAGAAAAAUAAUCAUAAAAGACAUUUGAUAUUGCACACUGGAGAAACACCUUAUAAAUGUGAAAUUUGUUUUAAGCAAUUUACUUUUAAAAGUACGUUGUAUGCACAUACGAGAGUUCAUACUAAAGAAAAACCAUACCAGUGUGAAAUUUGUUUAAAACAGUUUUCUCAGUCAAGUAAUUAUAAAACACAUUUGAUAUUGCACACUGAAGGCAAAUCCUACGAGUGUAAAAUUUGUUUUAAACAGUUUAGUCUAGCAGGUCCUUUGAAAACACAUUUGAGAGUGCACACUGGGGAAAAACCUUACAAGUGUGAAAUUUGUUUUGAACAGUUUAGUCAAGCAGCCAAUUUGAAAUACCAUUUGAGAUUGCACACUGGGGAAAACCCUUAUAAGUGUGAAAUUUGUUUUAUGCCAUUUAAUAGAGCGGAUGUUUUGAAAAGGCAUUUGAGAUGGCACACUGGAGAAAAAUAUAAGUGUGAAAUUUGUUGUAAACAGUUUAGUGAAGCAAGUAGCCUGAAAAUACAUUUGAGAGUGCACACUGGGGAAAAACCUUAUAAGUGUGAUAUUUGUUUUAAGGCGUUUUCUCGCGCAGACGUUUUGAAAGAACAUAUGAGAUUGCACACUGGAGAAACACCUUAUAAAUGUGAAAUUUGUUUUAGACAAUUUACUUUUAAAAGUACGUUGUAUACACAUAAGAGAGUUCAUACUAAAGAAAAACCAUACCAGUGUGAAAUUUGUUUUAAAGGGUUUUCUCGGUCAAGCAGUUAUAAAACACAUUUGAUAUUGCACACCGGAGACAAACUGUAGCGUUUACGCUAUCCCUAAAAUUUUUUUCUUUGAUACACUCUUGUCUCCAACGUCUUGUCAUCGCUCAGAUGUCGCUACUUGAGAUCGUUUUGCGCGAUGUCCAAACUCGAGAUUAGAGAAAACAUAAUACUUUAGCCAGCGAGCUUCUAGACAAUUGACGGUCUAGUCAGGAUUUGGCGGGCAAUAUUUGAAAAGCAUAUUUAAAAUAAAUAUAUUAUUUAAGACACUAAAUAAAAGAUCUAAUUCCUUUGUUCGAUUAUUUAUAUAAAUGAAAUUCAAAAUAUACUUUACCUAAUACCUAUUUGUAAAGCAUUAGCAAUAUUUUAAAUAAAAAACAUCAAUAAUAAUAUGUAUUAGUUAUAUCACAAUGGGAAUGUAGCAAUUUUACAGCAUUGUUUUGAAUUUCUUUAAUAGAAGGUUUGUCCCAGGUUUAAACUGCUAAGAGACAGGUGGGUGGCAGCUUUAACAUUGAAUUUAAGCGAAAACAAUAUUUAUUUGUCAAAUAAACAGUUCUUUCUGUUUCCUGACAGAACUAAAAUGUAUUUUGAAUUAAAUAAAUACCAUACAUUCUUCUUUUUGUCUCAAUUAAUUUAAUCCAAAAUUAAUUUUUUGGACACCCUGUAUAAAUAAUUAUGUUAAAGUUUAUAUUACUGAAUAGAGAAUUACAUAACCUUCAAAUGAGCUAUCACACAACCCCUACUCUCAUUUUAAAAAAUCAUCGAUUACGUCAUCACGCCCAGACGGAUGACGUCACUAGUACGAUAUAUAUGCCAAAAAGUCAUAAUUUAAAAAUAAAAAUCGACCUGUCUCAGAAUUUCUUUCCAAAUUCGCCUAUUCUCGAGAUAAUGAAUCUAUUCCAACUCAAAUGUCCUCACUGUAUUUUGAAUUUCUCUAUAAAAUAAUUAACCAUAGGAAAGUUAUAAUUAUAACAUAUAAAAGUUAUAUAAUUACAAGAUUAAAGAACAGUCCAAAGGAAAAUAGAAAUAUUCCACAUAAUAAAAAUUUUCCUAAACGAAAGUGAUUGUUUUCAGUAAAUAAGCGAAAUCCUAAAAGGGGAAAUUAUUGUUUAAACAAACCUUCUGUUAGAGAAAUUCAAAAGACUGGUGUAAAAUUGCUUAGUGUCCAAUAUAUAACAUAACUAUAACCUAUAACAUCUUAUACAUAAUAUACAUAACGAUGUUUUUUAUUUAAAAUAUUGCAAAUACAUACUAUAUAGGUAAUUAGAUUAAUAAAUAUAUUUUGAAUUUCAUUUAUAUAGAUAAUCGACCAAGCGAGAUGAGGUCUUUCAUUUAUUACUAAGUUAAACUUAAUGAUAUGUAUUAAGUGUAUAAUAUAUGCUUUUCAAAUUGCCCGCCAAACCCAGAGACUCACUGUCAAUUGUCUAGAAGCUCGCCAGCAUAGUAUUAGUGUUCUCUAGCCGCAAGCGAUGUCCAAGGCCAACGAAAGGUAGUGAGUUGGCCAACGUAUUUACUUUUAAAAGUUCGUUGUGUGCACAUACGAGAGUUCAUACUAAAGAAAAACCAUACCAGUGUGAAAUUUGUUUAAAACGGUUUUCUCAGUCAAGUAAUUAUAAAACACAUUUGAUAUUGCACACUGAAGGCAAAUCCUACGAGUGUGAAAUUUGUUGUUAAACAGUUUAGUCAAGCAGGUCCUUUGAAAAGGCAUUUGAAAGUGCACACUGGGGAAAAACCUUACAAGUGUGAAAUUUGUUUUGAACAGUUUAGUCAAGCAGCCAAUUUGAAAUACCAUUUGAGAUUGCACACUGGGGAAAACCCUUAUAAGUGUGAAAUUUGUUUUAUGCCAUUUAAUAGAGCGGACGUUUUGAAAAGGCAUUUGAGAUGGCACACUGGAGAAAAAUAUAAGUGUGAAAUUUGUUUUAAACAGUUUAGUGAAGCAAGUAGCCUGAAAAUACAUUUGAGAGUGCACACUGGGGAAAAACCUUAUAAGUGUGAUAUUUGUUUUAAUGCGUUUUCUCGCGCAGACGUUUUGAAAGAACAUAUGAGAUUGCACACUGGAGAAACACCUUAUAAAUGUGAAAUUUGUUUUAGACAAUUUACUUUUAAAAGUACGUUGUAUACACAUACAGUCGGAAAAAUGAAAGAAAACCCAUGAACGAUCACAUCAAUCACAUAUUAUUCAGAUUAUUAAUAAUCUAUCUCUCUCGUUUGUUAUUUAUGGAAAAAAAUCAGCAAAUACAAAAUAUGUGAUUGAUGUGAUCGUUCAUGGGUAUUCUUUCAUUUUUCUGACUAUAAGAGAGUUCAUACUAAAGAAAAACCAUACCAGUGUGAAAUUUGUUUUAAACGGUUUUCUCGGUCAAGCAGUUAUAAAACACAUUUGAUAUUGCACACCGGAGACAAACAGUAGCGUUUACGUUAUCCCUAAAAAUUUUUUCUUCGAUGCGCUCAUGUCUCCAACGUCUUGUCAUCGCUCAGAUGUCGCUACUUGAGAUCGUUUUGCGCGAUUUCCAAGCCGAACGAAAGGUAGUGAGUUAGCCAACGUAACUCACUCAAGUCGGUACGCAGACCAUUCUUUUUGGGUAGCCAAAUCUGGGGAAUAAAUAGAAGGAUAUUCAAUAAAAUUAAUGAUCUAAAACACCAGUUACAUCAAUAUUAAAAUAUCCGAAGUUUUCCAGAACUAAAGUAAUUACAUAUUAAAUAAUUUACAUAGUAAAGCUAUGUGGCGAAUUGCUGACACUCAGGGGUAGUCUGCGUACUCUAACCCCCAGAUUUGCUACCCAUAUUAUUGCAAACUGUUUGAAGACAGCAUUACCUACCACUUCCAUCCAAUCCUGCAGUAUCAGCUUUGGACAGUUUUACCGUGUUCUACCUAAAUUAGAAAGCCGAGAGGACUUUACUAGCCUAGUGGACUUAAAAACAACAGACGUGUGGGAACAGAUAUGCUUGGUAUACUCCUUCUCAGAGGCAUCUUUCAGUGCGUCACAGUUUUUCGAUUUCUUUCUAACGCAUUAAGUUGGAAGUGACAGAAAAAAGGUACGUCCGUGAUUAAAAUCAUUUAUAACAUUUAUUCUAGUUGUUGAUACAUGGCGCUAUAAUCGAACAAAAAAUGAUUUAUGUAUUAUCUAUACAACUAUAAUCUGUACAAUUUAUAAGACUAUACAAAUCAAAGAACAUACCUUUUUAUAAAUGAAAUAAGCACAAUUGAUUUGUUUUUAUACUAAAUUACGAUUCUGACAACUGUCAGAUUUAAGUAAAAUGUCAUGCUAUGAUUCUCUACAUUCUUAAAAUCAUAGAUUACGUCAUUAAUGACACACUGAAAGACUAAGAACUUUAAAAUUGUAGUCGUAUAGAUAGAUAUGUAAUAGGUAAAUAAUGGUUAAAUACCUAAAUCAUUUCUUUUGCGAUUAUAGCGCCAUCUCUCAACAACUGGAAUAAAUGUGCAUGUAUCACGGACGUGCCUUUUUUUCUGUCUCUUGUGUCGCACUGAAAAAAGCCUCUGAGAAGCACCAUAUCAUUGUUUACGUUUGUAUAUUAAUAGAUUGCUUCUUUCUUUCAUUUACUAUUGUUGAACUGUUUUAUAUACAUAUAAACCAGGUAUAUUACUCAUAAUUUUUGUAAUCAAUAGGGGAGAUUUUGUUUGUUUUCUUUUAUAUAUAGCAGGAUUUUACAUAAACAAAGUAGGUAACGGUAAAUAAGAAAUAACUAGUAAACUAGAAAGUAGUAAACUUUGUAUCUAGUGCUUUUCGUCUUCCUUGUAUUACGAGAGAUGUCGCUGUUUUGCGUCUCAAAAAGUGGAAUCAUUGCAUCGCGAUGUUUUCCCUUAAAUAGGCAGGGUUGUUGAUAUUUGUUUCAGAGUUGUGACUGCAUAGCUUCACUGAGGAUGCAUAGAUGCUGAAAUAGCUAUAUGGAGAUUGUGGUCCAACUCUGAAUCAAAUAAAAACAAAAACUGCCUUUAUCUUUUUCAUCUUUACUCAGAUUUGCGUACCUGAAACUAUCUUUCGGUCCUUUUCCUAGACGAAAAGAAGGUAAAUACGUGGCCAAAGUGUCCUUUAUUUGCUAUAUUCUAUAUUCGUCGUCUCUUGUGCUUAUAUAUUGUAAAAGCCGGAGUUACAGGAUGCAGCCAGAAAGCAGUUUCUUAACGAAAAGUCUUGGAUUUAAAAUAUUGUUUAUUAUUUUUAUUAUUUUUAUUUCAAUUAUUCUAAUUGUAUAAAAGUAGUAAACUUCGUAUCUAGGGCUUUUCGUCUUCCUCGUAUUACGAGAGAUGUCGCUGUUUUGCGUCUCAAAAGGUGGAAUCAUUGCAUCGCGAUGUUUCCCUUAAAUAGGCAGGGUUGUUGAUAUUUGUUUCAGAGUUGUGACUACAUAGCUUCACUGAGGAUGCAUAUAUGCUGAAAUAGCUAUAUGGAGAUGGUGGUCCAACUCUGAAUCAAAAAAAACAAAAACUGCCUUUAUCUCUAUAUUAAUAAAUAACUAGUUUAAAAUAAAUCAAUAUUUAAGGCAAGGGGUAAUUAAAUUUGUAUAUAAGGUUUUUUUUAUAUUUCUGUAAAAGAGUAUUUGGCCAUACUCGUUCAUUUUGUUAGCUUUAUACAGCUCCCAGUAUCCGUGUGUAAAUAUUAUCUGAUCAUAAAAUAUCUCUAUUUUCCGAGGUAUAUUUCUAUGGAGCUUUUUACCAUAACUUUUACCAUUUAUAAACUUAGUUUAGGACUAACAUCUCUAACGACUUGUCUCUUCUUAUUAGUCAUCAUGAUAAGCCCAAAACUAUAAACAUUUUUAUAGAAAUGAAUAAAUUGAUCAGUUCUAAUUCUCUGAUCAUGUGCCAAUCUUCCAUAUUAUCUACUCAAUUUUAUACAAAAAAACUCAACAACAAAUUAAAAAUUUAUAUAAAAAUGUAUACUACAAACAAAACCUAUUUUUUAGUUGUCCUUUUUCUCCGCGUUUUCUUGGGUUCUUCGACUUCUUCUUUUACGAUAUUUGUUACUGAACCUUUAUUCCACUCUUUCUUCAAUUCUUGUAACAUCGUUGGCGUUAAAAUCCCCUGAGCCAAAAGACGUUCCGUCAAUUUGCCUUUGCCCAAAGUCAAUGAUUUUUGUCCUAAAAAGAACCAUGCAGAACUUUUUAUUAAGAAUGACUUUUUUUCGUAAAAUUAAUAAUAAAAGAGUUAUCUGAAUUGAAAUAACUAAAAAUAAUGUUAGUUAUCCAUAAUUUAAAAAAAAAAUUAAUUAGAAGGAUGUAAUUGCAUACUAGAAUAUAGUUUUUAAUUCCAAACAACUUUUCAUAAUAGCAAUUUUCAAUAUUGUGAAAAAUAAAGCUACUUUACUCUUGAGUGAAAUUCAAACUUUUUGACAUACCUCGUAUAAUAUUCAAAAAAUUUGAUAUUUGAUUGUUAUAUCUUAUGUUUUGGACCAUGCAGAGCUUUUUAUGAAGAAUAACUUUUUUCGUAAAAUUAAUAAUAAAAAAGUUUUCCAUAUGGAUACUAAUUACAGGGACUUACUGUAUAACCAGUUGUAAGUAUAGUUUGUAAAAAUAUUUAAGAUGAAAAAAUUUAAAGACUAAUAUAAAAUCUUUUAAAUUUAAAGUCGACUAAAGUCAUGUAUAAGUCACUAAUUAAGAGAGGAGUUAGACAGGGAUAUGUUUUGUCAGCUCUACUAUUUAAUCUUUAUUCCAAGUUUCUAUUUAAAGAGGCACUGAAGGAUUCGAAGAAGGGACUCAAGUUGAAUGGCGUGAAUACCAACAGCAUCAGAUACGCCGAUGAUGCGGUAUUGAUUGCGGAUUCCGACUUGGGUCUACAACGACUCAUCAACAGGUCCAACUAGGUCUGUAAGCAAUUUAUGAAAAUAAACAUUAAGAAAACCAAAGUGAUAUCAAUUCGAAAAAACCAAAAUGUACCUCAACCUUGCAAGAAAAGACUGGCAAAUUUUAGAAUAGAUCAACACUAAUUACCUGGCAUGUUGGAUCGAUAGCAGUCUGGAUCCUGAUCUACAACUAAGAUCGAGAAUAAAUCAGGCAAGAAAAUCUUUCGAAAUAAUAAAAAAACUCAGGAAAAGAAUGCAAAAAACUCACAACUAGAAAGGAGAAGACUAUCGUGACUAAGAAACACCCGACAAUGGAUAGGGCUAAAUUUUGAACAGCUAAUAAGAACAGCAAAGACAGAAGAACUUUCAAUUGUAGUACCCAACCUCCAUUGACUAGACGGAACUUUAAGAAGAAAAGGAAGAAGAGGUCAUAAAAAACUUUACGCUUUUUAAACAAUGUGUCACACUAACUUGAUUGAAGUUAACACUAGAAACAACAACAUCUGAUCAACAUAAGAACAAGACAUAGUAUGUUUUCUAUUUUACUGCAGAAGCAAAAAAGAUGUGACACUUAUUUUUGAAGAUGAAAGAUAAAUAAAUUCUCACUUACCUCUUAAAUAUGUUUGUUUUUGUCUGCUCAUGGCGAACUCUUCAUCAUCAGCAGCUCCAGUACCCGAACUAAUUCCAGUUUCGGAAUUCCUCAACAACCUCGUUAGCUGAACUAUACCUUGUUGUAUGAUUUGGUCUAAUUCACGUUGCAUGUCUCUUACUAAGUUUGGUUCAUUGAAUAGAUCAACAAAACGGUAACUGAAAGAAAAUACAGUCAGUUAUACAUGUGAAAUAUUUGCCAUUAACAAAUAUAGCUAAAAAAACUAACAUUUCAUUAACCCUAUAUUCAUGUACUUACUGGCAGAUGCACAAGUAUGCAAGCCAAGAAAAAGAGUAAGAAGAAGAACCCUAUAUUCCAUAGCAUUGCUUUCAGGCAACACCGAAAUUAAAUUCAGUUAUAAAACUAAGCCAAGAAAAAGAGUAAGAAGAAGAACCCUAUAUUCCAUAGCAUUGCUUUCAGGCAACACCGAAAUUAAAUUCAGUUAUAAAACUAACAUUUUGUCUCUAAGGGCCGGUUUUUCAGUGCUGGGUUAACCUAUUUAUUUUUCGGUCACCGAAAUAUUCAUGGUUAAUCAGUUUUUCAGUACUAGGUUAGAGUUUAAACUCGUUUAAGUUAACCAAGAUUUUAACCGAUCCUCGUUAGAUGGUUUAAUUCCGAAUUUUGCGGUUACGCUUGCGCAUUGAUGCAGUGAAUGCAUCAUAUGUUUAUUUUGAAUACCUGUCGGACAGAAGAGAUUAGUUGGGUUAUGUUAUUUUGUUUUUAUCGCGGGAAGUAUUCUACUUCCUUAUUAUUAUAUAUUAUUAUCUAAAUUAUAAAUUAUUAUCGUUAUUAUAUAGAAAGGAAAUAUAUUUAAAUAUAUUAUAAUUGUAACAGGUACCUUAUGUUUACAAAUCUGUAACAGGAUUUAAUGCAUGAUUCCUAGUAGUACUUGAAAAAGAUAAUUUUACAUUUGUCUAUAAAGCAAAAUAAUUAUUUACCAAACAGUUUGACUCCUUAUUUCCUGGUCAAUCUGUUCAAAUAGUGAUAACUGAUAACACCGUGGUCUUUGACAAACGAAAUCGGCAAAAAAUGUCUAAAUCGUCCCAGUAAUUAUUGUAAUGCUCUUCUGUUAUGAAACCGAGGUAGACAUUAUGAACUAAAUAAAGAUUCCGAACUUGAUAUUGCAUUAAUUUUUUUUUUAAUUUGGUUAUGAAAUUGUUUUUUAUUUAUUUUUCUAUCAAAUUGAUCAUUAUUUCUCGAACUGCACAUGCGCAAGUACAGUUACUGCUGCCAACAGAAGAAAAAAAGUGGUUAGCUAACCGAGAUUUUCUUGUAUGUAUACACCGUUCUUAGGCGUCAACGCCCUUCGGUAGGGAUCUAUGGAGGAGUAUCACCAAGCCGGAAGCCCUUAUCCCUUCCCGUACCGCUCCUCCAUAGGCCGAUCAGACGCCAGUUUAUUCCAGACCAAGCCGUAGACUCUAUUGAGUUUUAUACUACGGCGUUGGCCUUUUUAUAAAUUUCAUGACCUAGCUGAGGCUCGAACCAGCGACCGCAAAUCCACUAAACUUGUCGAUCGACUGAGCCCCAGCUAACUGGACCGUCAAGACCGACACCGAGAUUUUCUUAACUUGGUUUAAAGCACUGAAAAACGCUAUGAGGGUUAAAAUUUAAACUAGGUUAGUUAAACAAAAUUUUAACCGGUCACUGAAAAACUGGGCCUUAAUGAUUGUAAUGUACUUAUUGUGAAGUCAAAGACACAUUAUAUCAAAAUAAUCGCGCUACUCCUCAUGCCAGCAUAUCAAACAAAGUUCUCGCGCCAAAAGUUUUCAGAUGUUGUCGUCAGUCAUUUUUUACACGUGUGCAGUACAAGUUUUAGUCAGUUUAUACUAUUUCUAAACGCACUUAAUUCUGUUCUCUUAAUUUUUUAAUAGAAUUACAACAAAUCUAAAGAACUAAAGAUUUCUUACGUUGGAAAUAAAAAUUACAGUAAAGGCAGUUUUACAUUAUGCUACAUAUUUUCAUGCUAGG